UCAGCCGUUAACUUUAUUGAUUAAAAUGUCAGGAAACAUGGUGUUUUUUACUGAGGCAAAGAACAUUCUGGAGGUUGUUAUUAAGACCGCCGUUGGUUUGACUGGAAACUCGGAAGAAGAGUUCACAGAGGAGCACAAACGGAGACAUAAGUCGAAUUUGCCAUGGACCUCUGAAAUGUUGGCAACAGAAGCAGCCAGAAAGAUCAACGCAAUUUUCCUCCAACUGUCCUCAACCCUGCUCCAGGAAAACUCGACUCUGAAGGCUGAGGUGAGCCGACUGGAGAACAAGCUGAAGACUUUGAGUGGAGACUUUGAAAAUGCCAGAAUGUGGAGAGAAAAUGUCCUGAGUGGCUGUCCUGUGCUGUUCGAGCAGAGUGGCUUGAUCUACACCCUGAAGCCCUUUGGAAGGUUAAGACUAAAAACAGGUGAACUGACAGAAGGAGUCACAGAAUCAUCACCUGCUAGUGAGACACUGAAUGGACAUGAUGCUGAUAACGGAGAGACAGCAGAGGAGGUGAACUCUGAAUUGGUGUCCUCGGCAACAAGACAAGUAGAGGUUAUAAAAGACACAGCAGAGGAUUGCACCACAACAUACACAGAAGAAUCUAAAAACUCUCAGACAGCAGACGUCAGGAGGAAAGGAAAGGUCUUUGUUUGCGAAGUUUGUAGCAAGGCCUUCAACCGACAGUUCCAUUUGAUGAAGCACAUGAACACUCACAAAGAACAGAGACCCUUCUCCUGCAGCCAAUGUCCCAGGAAAUUCAGGGACACAGCGACCUACGAGUACCACCUGCUGCGGCACGAGGAGAAGAAGUUUGCCUCCUUCAAGUGCCAACUGUGUGAGAAGACGUUCAAAACCAAAAUGUACCUGAAGACUCAUCAGCUCGUCCACAGCGACACGAGGCCGUUCAUCUGCUCCACCUGUGGGAAGGGCUUCAAAACCAAACACAGCCUGCAUGCUCAUCAGAUUGUUCACUCUGUGGAGAAACCACAUAAGUGCUCCGAGUGCAGUGAGAGCUUCAGGUACGCCAUCACGCUGCAGUGUCAUAAAAGCACUCAUACUGGGGAGCACCCCUACAAAUGUGCAGUGUGUGGAAAAGCUUUUGUGAAACGCAGAUCGCUCCGCACGCACCAGUCGGUCCACAGAGGAAAAAUCUUCACAUGUGAGACGUGUGGAGCGGGAUUUACUCUGCAGCACAACCUGAAGAGACACAUCCGUAUCCACUCCGGUGAAAAACCGUUCAAAUGUAAAGUCUGUGGGAAGAGCUUCAUUCAGGACAACAAGCUCAAAGUCCACAUGCUGCUCCACGGGGCAUCCAAGUCCUUCAUGUGUGACCUGUGUGGGAAAACAUUUCUUUACAACUGCCAGCUGCAGAAACACCAGAAAGUAGCUCACGAUGAGAGACACGGGCAGGUCAUCACAAGACAAACUGGAGAGCGAGGAAAUCGUAGAGUCAUCUACAAACGGGACCGAACCACCGUGGAUAUGACACCUUUCAGCUGCAAGACUUGUCGCAAGGGCUUCGACACAGCAGCUGCACUGAAAAGACACGAGCUUAUUCACACAGGUCAGAUGCAAUACAAAUGUGACAUAUGUGGGAAGUCAUUUUUCUACAAGGCAACAUACGAGUAUCAUCGACGGAUCCACUCAGGAGAACGGCCAUUUGGCUGUGACGUGUGUGGGAAGAGGUUCAUCGUCCUUCAGGCCCUGAAGUCCCACAAACUUCAGCACUCUGGGGAGAAACCGCACAAAUGUGAGCAGUGCGGCAAGGCCUUCAGGAUCUACACAAACUACUUGAGACACUUACGGAUCCACACGGGGGAGAAGCCCUACGAGUGUGAGGUCUGUGGAGUGAGGUUCAGGCAGCUUGGACACGUCAAGUUUCACAUGCAGGUUCACACGGGAGAGAGACCGUACUCCUGCAGCAGCUGUGGACUCGGAUUUUCAGACUCAAGGCUGCUCAAGAAACACAACUGUGGUGAGAAAUACCAGAAACUGUUGGGAAAUACUCUCAGUACAUCAUGAACUGCUGUCAAUAUCAAUGCUGAUGUAGUUGUGAUGACUCUUUUCUUCCCUGUAGAAAAUCUUAACUUGUUAUUAUUCUGUCAUAACAUUGCACUUUUUUUGUUUGUUCUAAAACCUGCAUUGUUAUCUGGAUUACUUUACAGACAUGCUAGAUUUACUGAAUAAUCCAUCCCUAUGAAACAUUAGUGAAAUGUUGGUUAUUUGAAAUAAACAUAAGAUACUUGUGCCCUAAUGAAUGGAUAAGCAUUCAGUAAAGGGCACCUGACCUGUUUAGCCUCCCACAGGUACUUAACCUCCCACAUGGAGUCUGUGGACUGAUGUAUUGGGCAGCAGGAGCCAGGACAUCACUGGAGUACAGAGCUGGAAAAAGUACACAACUAUCAUUGUCAAGUAAAAGUACAGUUACUCUAGUUAAGAUUUACUAAAGUACAAGUAUUGGUCUGUAAAGCUA